CACCGGAUCGCCCACUGUCCGUCGCCGAUCACCGGUGGCACAUCGGUAACGCAAACGAACGUAACAAAAAAAGGAUCGAGAUCCACGCGACGCUCUUACAAACUCGCAGCUACGCGCACGACAAAUUUGGGACUUACAUGCUUACGUUAAUGAUCAGAUGAUGUAAUCAUUUACUGCAUCGGCGAGAGUCACCGAGAUGCUAACGCGCUAACGGAGGGAAAACUUGCUACAAAUCAUCGUCGCAAAAAUCAAGCACGAUGUCGUCGUUGCGAUAUACCGCCAUCUCGUUGUUGUCCCAGCAUCGUUAACACCGAAGACGGUCUUGUGAUAAAUUUCCAGCACAUAGCGAAAUAAAUUGCAUCGUGGAUCAUCAGACGUACGUACGAAAGGACUCUCUCUCUCUCUCUCUCUGACAUCCCACAAAAAAAAACCUGCACCUCGAAGUCCAUGGAGUCUUGGAGCAGAAAAUUGCGCAAAAUGGGGACUGUGAGAAAUUCUGAAAUAGAGAUGGAAGUGUAUAAGGGGAGCAACCGGCGUUUAUCGGCCAGGUAUUGACCCUGCGUCUAUCAAAAACGAUGAAAAAAGCUUCGGAUCCGCUCUAACGAAGACAGACUAUGAUACAUUAUUUAAUCAGAUGAUAAAUAGCGAACACUGAAGACGGAAAAUACACUUUACCGCGAUGGAGGCUCACGUCGAUCAAGCCGCAAACGCAACUGUGGAAAAUCCAGUCUUCUUCGAUGUACCAAUCAUAUUGAGAGCUAUCGUGCUCUGUCUUCUCAUACUCAUCACUAUUGUAGGGAAUUUGUUCGUGAUAGCGGCUAUUCUGUUAGAGCGAAACUUACAAUCUGUAGCAAAUUAUUUAAUAGUCAGUUUGGCUGUCGCGGAUCUUAUGGUCGCCUGUCUCGUAAUGCCUCUCGGAGCUGUUUAUGAGAUAAACUCGGGGUGGUCACUCGGUCCGGAGCUCUGCGACAUGUGGACUAGCAGCGACGUUCUGUGCUGCACAGCCUCGAUAUUGCAUCUGGUGGCUAUCGCGGUCGACAGAUAUUGGGCAGUCACCGAUAUCAAUUAUAUACAGGCGAGGAAUCCGAGAAGAAUCGGCAUCCUGAUCAUCACCGUGUGGGUGGUAUCCUUAGGAAUCUCAUUAGCGCCUCAGCUCGGAUGGAAGGAUCCUGAUUAUUUGGUCCGCAUAGCCCAAGGGACGUGUCUCGUGUCGCAGGAUCCUGCAUAUCAGAUUUUCGCAACUUGCGCGACGUUUUAUGUCCCACUGCUAGUUAUUUUAUUCCUGUAUUGGAGGAUAUUCCAAGCGGCGCGAAAAAGGAUUAGGAAGAGGCCUGGCACUAUUCAGCCGCCGCGUGAACGAAGGGGCAUCCUCAGGCUGGUCUCGAGAAGGCCGCGCGAGGAGUCGACGGCGUUCACCAUCACGAGAACUACGCCAGACCACUCGUCCAUCUCGCCGGAGAAAUCGUCGUCGUACAACGGCGCGAAUGCCACACCGUCGACGACGGUAACACCGACGGCGAUCUCGACGACGACGACCACCACCACCACGACGACGUUGACAAAUCCGACCAGCACGAGCCAGCAGCCGGUAGUCAAGUGCACGAAGCGCACACGCGAGACGAUCGAGUCGAAACGCGAGCGUAAGGCAGCGAAGACCCUGGCGAUCAUCACCGGUGCCUUCGUCGCCUGCUGGCUACCGUUCUUUUUCACCACGCUGCUGCAAGCCACAUGCCAGACUUGCAAGCCACCCGAAGUCGUGUCCAGUGUGUUCCUAUGGCUCGGAUACUUCAACAGCACCCUCAACCCCGUAAUUUACACUGUGUUCUCGCCGGAAUUUCGACAGGCAUUCAAAAGGAUGCUGUGCGGUGGUACACGGGGACUUCGCUGACAGUGGAUUUAAUUCCUUUGCUCCGUGCGAGCGGCCGGAUAAAGAGGAUAGGUGAAAC